AUGGGCCUCAAACGCCUGGACCAAUCCAACUGGCUCACCAUCGACCCCACCUACCUCCCCGAGCACACACUCCGGGCCUCCUUACUCGACACGCAACGGCCAUGCGUCCUCCAAGUGCUACCACCCGCCAUCCCCGCCACCCACGAAUUACUCGAGCUAGUUGUUGAAUUCCUAUUACAGCGGUAUCCCACCGAUUUCACACUCGUGCUACCUGAUUUUUCAGCCGCCGAUGGAAAACCCAGCGAGCCAAAAAUCUUUAAUAGACUCACUAACGAAACCCACAUCAUCGGACCCACAUGUGCGCACCCGCUUGAAAUCGCCGCGCGACUUUGCAUGGAAGAUUUUAACAUCUUGCUGCGCGAUCCCAGUGAAGGAGUCGAUGCUGUGUGGAAAUUACAAGCGUCGGCUACGCUGUUCCCGGCGGGCUGGAAAUUGCAGGAGCGUAUUGGAUGUAGUAUGGCAGUAUUGCAUGGACCGGUACCGGGGUGGAACGAGAAAUUAGGAAAGAGUGUCGAGAGGUAUUUUACGCAUUUGGGAGUGAGGAGUUGUAUGGAGAGGGCAAAUCUUUUUGUGCAGAGGGGAGGGGGUUUAUUUCAGGAUGGGGGGGAGGAGAAGGUGGAUAAGGAUAAGGAAGGAGAUGGGGAGGGGAAAUUGUGUGUAAAGGAUAUUUAUGUGAGGAGGGAGAGACAGACGUUUAUGCGGUUGGAGAGGAGUGGGGCGGUGCUGUUUACGGUGAGGACUUAUAUGGAGAGGUUGGUGGAUAUGAAGGGGGAGGAGGCGGGGAAUUUGGCGAGGCAGGUUAGGGGGUGGGGGGAGGAGGUUAAGGGGUAUAAGGGGGUGGGGGUUUGGGGGGGGGUGGUGUUGGGGUGGUGUGAUGGGGUGGGGGAGAGGGAGAGGGUGCGGGUGGGAGAAGAGGAUAGGGAGAGAGAAAGGGAAGAGGAAAUAUUGAGAGGCUUGAGUCUAAGGAGGGAUUCGGGAAUUGACAUGGGAGAUGAGGAGGAGCGGGAGGGGGAGGGGGAGGAGGAAGAGGAAUGUAAAAACAAUAAUUAA